UAACGGAAUGUCAACGUGCGCUCUGAUAUCAUAUUGUACAAAUAAGACAAGGCAGAGAGCAUGUGGGACUGAUUACCCGGCAAAAUAAAAUUCGUGCUAAAACUACAUAUCCAUAUAUUCAUAAGAAAAAAAAAAUUGGUACUUAUUUUUGAACGGCCAACGUUUCAGCCUGCCUAAAAUGCCAAAAGGAAGAAAGUUCCUCCCGUCUCCUGCAAACGAUGGGAAAUGGUUUUCACACAUUGGUCUACCCACGGUCCCAUUGCCUCGAACUUCAGCAACGACAACAGGCCUUACAUACACUUGGCUGAAUACAGCUUCCUGUAAACAUGAGACUCAAAGAUUUCCAAAAACAUUUGUUAGAGAAGAAGGGAAAACAGAAAGAACAUAUCCAAUUUCCAUUCAUGAUAAUAGACUUGCAUUACAAAACUUUGGAGAAAUGUUUGACUGUGAUCUUGGACGUAAAAAAGUUUCUCUUGAGAGAAGGCAGCACAACUCCAGCAAUCCAAAUCUUUGGGCUCAUGAUGAUGUACCCCAAGUGAAUGGUGGAGAUGAUGGUUUAACUCUCUAUCAGACCAGCUUCCUUGGCAACAAAACAACUGAGCCUCCCUUAUAUAGACGCUACCCAAAAAGCUACUCAAUAAAGGCCAAGAGUGCAUCUAUUCAGGAUGACAGAAGUAUGUGGUUUGGGGGACAUGACACCAAGCAUUCAACACCAGUUAAUGUCCUGGCUCUUACGCAACAUCCCCAAAAUGGACCCAAUCCUUGGAGAUACUCUUAUCAUGUAACAAACAGUUUCAGUAAACAGUAAAUACAUUCAAUAUCAACUGAUUGUUUUUGAAUUUAGAUAAAGCAUUUAAUUUGCCCAAACCAAAUGUACAUGAAUGUAUUUUUGCUAAAAAUUUCUGGUAUACAAUAUA